AUGCCCAUCGAUUACAGCCGCUGGAAAAAGAUCGAGGUCUCCGACGAUGAAGACGACACCCACCCCAACAUUGACACCCCUUCUCUUUUCCGGUGGCGUCACCAGGCUCGCUUGGAGCGGAUGGCUGAGAAGAAGAUGAAGCAGGAAGAGAUUCAAAAAGGGCGAAACGUCGCGCAGAAUAAGAAAGAUGAGCUCGUCAAGAAGUUGGAAGAUGUCUCGCUGGACGAGAAGGUGAAGUCAGACCUCGAGAAGGAACUGGCCGAGCUGAAGAAACAGGAAGAGGACUACCAAAAGAAGGAGAAGGAGCUCGAAGACCAGGAGCGCCUCGAGCCCUGGAACGUCGACACGAUCGGCCACGAAGCCUACUCCGCCUCCCGCAUCAACAAGGUCACCGACAAGAAGCCCGAGAAGCCGAAGAUCACCGAGGAGGAGGACUCGAAGCGGAUGGCCAAAUACUUUGAGGACAACGAGGAGCUGUUGCAGAAAUAUGGGCGGAUCAGCAGCAUCAAGGCCAGCGAGCAGUUCAUCCUCGAGAAUCCGCGUCUGUCGAGCGAAUAUGCGGCCAACUGGCUGACGAUCGAGUGCCUCAACCUUGCCAUAGAUAAUCGGGACGGUGAGAUGUCAAACAUGGCUCGCCAGUGCAUCAUCCUCCAAUACCUGCUCGAGCUGGCCAAAUCCCUCAACGCCGAGCCCACCAACACUAACAUCAUCAAGAAUUUCUUCAAGAAGUUCCAGAGUGCCGACCCGACUUACAUGAAGAUGUACGAGGACGAGGUGACGCAGUUCCAGGAUCGCCUCCGACGCCGUGCCAAAGACAAGCGCGACCAGGCCAUCGCUGAGUACGAGUCGGAUGAAAAGGCCAAGCGCAUUGCGAAUGCUCCCGGCGGGCUCGACCCCCAGGAAGUGUACGACUCGUUGCCGGAUGAGAUGAAGAAGUGUUUCGACGAGCAGGACAUCAGCAUGCUUCAGAAGGUGGCCGAGACGCUGGACCAAGAAGUCUUCUCGCAUCACCUCCGGCGCUGCAUCGAUUCCGGCCUCUGGGUGCCCAACGCUAACGGUGGUGAUGAGGAUGACAGCCCCGACCAGAAGGAC